AUGGCGGCGCGAGCAAACUACCGGGCGUCGAUUCAGUUCCCAAAUGCACAUAGCGACGGUAUCUGGAGCACGUUCUGGACGUCGAAUGACAAAAUUUUGACAGGAUCCGUAGACGAAGUUGCUAAAGUUUGGGACGUGACUGAGGACGCUGUGUCCAUCUCGCAGCAGUAUCCAGGUCACGUACUGGGCACGAUCUCCAUUGUCGGCAAUAAGGCGGGUACACACGCUGUCACAAGCUCUCUGGACUGUCAGAUCCGUGUGCUUAACCUCUCGUCGGGUGCAGUGGAGAAGACCAUUGAUGCCGGUCCUGGUGAGCUCUGGCAGCUUGCCUACAGCCCUGACGAGACCAAACUCGUGUCGGGCAGUCAACAAGGCAAAAUCAACUUCUUUGACAUUGAAAAGGAGAAAAUCGUGCAGGAAAUAUUGACCCAAGCCAAGUUUGUGCUGAGCGUCGCUUAUUCCCCGAACGGUAAACACGUUGCGUGUGGUGGUUUUGAUGGUUAUGUUGGUGUGUACGAUGUCGAGACUGGAUCUCUGGUUCACAAAUACGAAGACCGUACGAAGCCGGUGCGUUCGGUUGCAUACGCACCGGAUGGAAAGUUGUUUGCUGCAUCGGAUGAUAUGCACGUCAACGUCUACGAUGUUGCUCAUGACAACGUUGUUGCCACUCUGUCUGGUCACACCUCGUGGGUAUUAAAGGUAGCAUGCUCGCCCGAUGGUACGCAGUUUGCUACGGGCGGUGCGGACCGACGUGUGAAGAUUUGGGACAUUGGUACGAGGCGCUGUUUGACUACUUUUGAAGCGCACACAGAUCAGGUGUGGAGCGUUGCGUACAAUUCGUCAGGAUCGCGAUUGGUCUCGGGUGGUGAUGAUGCGCUGUUGCAAGUGUAUGAGACUGUCACAUCAGCUUAG